UUAAACAGCAUCCCAACACCUUCAGUUAUCAGCUGAGAGCUCAGAGCCAGACUGUUGCUCACCCCGGCAUCGCCUCCCAUCCGGCUAAGACUAUCCAUAUUAGAACCAGGCACAAAGAAAUUCUGCUUGAAACCGGACAAGUUUUUAAUGGCGAGGCUCAGUCAUUUGUCACAUUCUCUAUGCACAUGUGCCGUGAUUAGGGUGUGAAUUCGUUAAAUCCGAAAUUUGCCACCUGUCCUCUACCGGCGAGGCAACGUUGAUAAAAGAAAGAAAGCAAUAGAGACACAUUUAGGCUACCUCCUGAAAGAUUGACCAGUUGCGCAGUUUUUGUAGGCGGUAGACUCAGAACAGUUGCACCUGCUGAGACCUCCGAAGGACUCUCUGAACUUAUGCAGACGAACACCCGAAUGAUGGAGAUGAGGCUGGGUGUGAUUCUGGGGGCCAUCUGGCUCCUCGCCCUUCCAGCCACCUCCACUCCCAUCCAGGAGUCAGACGACUCCAAGCUGCUGCAGGUGACCAUCCCCACCCCCCCGCAGGUGUCUGCCACCCUGGGGGGGUCCCUCACCCUGCCCUGCCUGGUCUCCCUCUCCCAGCCCCCCCACACGCCCUCCACCUCCGGCCGGCGCGCCGUGCUUUCGGUGCCGCGCGUCAAGUGGAGCGUGCUCUCUGAGGGCCGCGACACCGAGAUCCUGGUCGCCCGUGGCGACCGCGUCAAGGUGAGCGAGGUGUACCGGGGCCGGGCGUCGCUGCUCAGCUACGCGGUGUCCCCCGCCGACCUCAGCCUGCAGCUGGACGCCAUGGGCUACAACGACACGGGCUUCUACCGCUGCGAGGUGCAGCAGGGCCUGGAGGACGCCCACGAUGCCGUGCAGGUCAAAGUCAAAGGUGUGGUGUUCCACUACCGCGACGCGUCCAGCCGCUACGCCUUCACCUUCGACCAGGCCCUGGACGCCUGUGAGGAGAUUGGGGCUCGGGUGGCCACGCCGGAGCAGUUGCUGGCGGCGUACCGCAGCGGCUACGAGCAGUGUGACGCGGGCUGGCUCUCGGACCAGUCUGUCAGAUACCCCAUUCAGAUGCCCAGGGAGGGCUGCUUUGGGGACAUGGACGGGCAGCCAGGAGUCAGGAACUAUGGGCUGCUGGAGCCAGAUGAGCUGUACGAUGUGUACUGCUACGUUGAAAAUAUUGAAGGGGAGGUGUUCCACGGCUCCGCCCCCCAGCGGUUCACCCUAUGGGAGGCCAAGGCCUUCUGCCAGGACCAGUGGACGGAGUUGGCCACCACGGCCCAGCUGUACGCGGCCUGGAACGACGGCCUCCACCACUGCAGCCCCGGCUGGCUGGCCGACGGGAGCGUGCGCUACCCCAUCGUGGUCCCUAGGGAGCGCUGUGGCGGCGGGGAACCCGGCGUCCGCACCGUCUAUCGCUUUAGCAACCAAACAGGGUUCCCUGAGCCGCACACGCAGCAAGACGUCUACUGCUUCAGAAGCAAUAACGGCCCCCACACCGACUCCCCCCAUACAUUCCAGGCCACUGAGCCACAUGAGGUUGAAGACCAUGACCUUGACGACCCUCUUGAGGAGGUCAUCGCCAGCAAGGGGACCUUCCAAGAGCAGAACCCAGCAGGAAGGCCUUCUGGACCAGAGUCCCAGAGUCCGUCGCCGGGUGAGGAGUACCUCACAGUGUCCAGGGACCCGACCGAAGAGCACCAUCCAUCUGCCACCGUCCCGUCACAGAUUGAACCCCCUGCGGUGGCCUCCAGCUACCCCGCGUCCUACCACCCAUCCCCUGAAGAACACCCCCUAACCACCCCCCCUCUUCCAUCAACUCAUCAAUACCUGGGGGGAGAUGGAACCCCAACCUAUGGACCAUCCCUAGAGACUGAUGGGGAUGUGACCACUACACACACUGAUGGGGAUGUGACCACUACACACACUGAUGAGGAUAUGACCACUCUACACACUGAUGAGGAUGUGACCACACAUGAGGCUGAUGAGGAUAUGACCACUUUACACACUGAUGAGGAUAUGACCACUCCACACACUGAUGGGGAUGUGACCACACAUAAUGCUGAUGGGGAUGUGACCACUCUACACACCGAUGAGGGUGUGACUACACAUGAGGCUGACGGGGAUGUGACCACUCUACACACUGAUGAGGAUGUGACCACGCAUGAUGCUGAUGGGGAUGUGACUACACAUGAGGCUGACGGGGAUGUGACCACUGUACAUACUGACGGGGAUGUGACCGCUGUAGAGGCUGAAGGGGAUGUGACCCCUGUAACUGAAGAAUCCCCAUCGCUUCCUGUCUCCCUCGAGGAGUCGGACAGCACUUCACCUGGAGACACGUCCGAACCCACGGCAACUCCCGACCACUUUGAAAACACCCCGGAGACCGCAACCGUGGCGACGGCGCUCGCCAUCGGCGCACCGGAUGCAACCGAGACGCACAACACCGAGACGCAAGGACACGGGGCCGACGAAGAGUCAGGGGAAGAGGAGGAGGACCACCACACCCUCGCCGACAUACAUCAGGAGCAUGUGUCUGAGGCCCACACCCCCAGCCCGCUGCCCCCCCUGCUCUCUGGGCCAACCACAGCUGAGCACCCUCUGACAGAAGAGGGGGGGUCUGAAGAGGAGCCUCUGAGCUCGCGCCCCGACGAGAGCGCCGUUCCGCUGGGCUCCUCCCACGACCAGACGCCGGAGGAGAGCAGUGGAUCCGCGGCCCAGGACAGCACUCCGCAGCCAGGGCCGGAGAACCACUUCACUACCCUCCACUACAUUUCCGCCAUGGGUCUGACAUCCGGGCUCUCUGGGUCUCUGUCGCCCUCUGCUGGUGGCGUGGAGGAUAGCAGCCAGCACGAGUCGGGCUUCACCCAGACACCUGAAGGCGGUGUGGUGUUGGGACGGGUCCAAGACAUGGAGCAGGAGGUGUUGAGCGAGAGGGUGGAGGUACUCCUCGGGGGGGAACAGGAUCCUCUGAAGGAAGCUGUGGAACACAGCUCCGGCGGCGAGGGCUCGGCCGAGGUGUCCGGCGGGGCCCUUGGGGAGAGCUCCGGCAUGGAGCCCGAGGAGGGGUCCCUGAUGGAGGAACAAACGCCCGUCGCAGUCACCGACGGAGGAGGCGGAGCCUCCGAGACAACUGACUCCGAGGAGUCCUUUACGGAGUCCUCGGUCACCCUCCUCCCCGAUGACCUCACCCUGACCUCUGAGGCCGCGUUCACAGGCCGCAGCCCCACCCCAACCGCACCUCAGGAGACCCGCUCCGACGUGGAGUACAGCGCGGAGCCGCCGGUUACGGUGGAAACUGGCCUCGCCGAUGACAUCACCGAUGAGGAUCACGAGGAGGAUGCUACCAUGAUGAUGGACUCCACCUCUCUGGAGCAGCGUCACAGCGAGACCCCCAGCCCCCGCCCUAUCGAUGCGUACUACGCAGGGUGGACAGCGGAGGACGUAAAGGAGGAGGUGGAGCAGGAAGAGAGUUACACACACUCAGCCUCACCCACAACCAGACGUGAUGAUGGCGACAUAGAUCAUUGUGUGGAGGAUUCGUGCCUGAACGGAGGCACCUGUGUGGACAGAGAGCCCAGGGUGUGUGUGUGUCUGCCCAGCUAUGGAGGAAACCUGUGCCAAACAGACCUGAAUGCGUGUGAUAUGGGCUGGGAGAAGUUCCAGGGCGUGUGCUACCGCCACUUCUCCAAGCGGCAGGGCUGGGAGGUGGCCGAGCAGCACUGUCGCAUGCUGGGGGCCAACCUGGUGUCCAUCAUGAGCCCCGAGGAGCAGGACUACGUCAACGGUAUCCGGCCCUUACCCCCACCCUACCGUGGGGAUAAGUAUAAAGAGUACCAGUGGAUCGGUCUGAACGACAGAACCAUUGAGGGAGACUUCCGCUGGUCGGAUGGAAACCCUCUUCUGUAUGAGAACUGGUACCGGGGCCAGCCCGACAGCUACUUCCUGUCUGGGGAGGACUGCGGUGUGAUCGUGUGGCAUGAGGGCGGCCAAUGGAGUGACGCGCCAUGCAACUACCACCUCUCCUACACCUGCAAGAAGGGCCCCUCCUCCUGCGGCGCCCCCCCGGAGGUGCUCAACGCCAAGGUGUUUGGGAAGGAGCGGUCGCGCUACGAGACCCACGCCAUGGUCCGCUACUACUGCACAGAGGGCUUCCUGCAGAGGUUUGACCCCGUCAUCAAGUGCCUGAUCAGCGGGCAGUGGGAGGGGCCUCAGAUUACCUGCACAGAACACUCCGAACAACUUGUGCCAAAUCAAAAACCCCUAGAAGGCUACAGUGCUCUGAGUGGUGCACCAGCAGAUUUAAGCGACCACCAUUCAGAGUGAGGGGGUCCUGGAGGUCCUUGAAGGUCCGUGAAGGUUCUAUAGGUCCUGGACUCCAUGGGGAAACCAGACCUUCCAGACCUGCAAUAACUACUACACCCACCUACACCUCCCUUGGUUUCUUCUUCAUUUCAACACAUCUUUUGUUUUCCUGUCGCACAAACUGUCCUAUCUUGUUUUAAUGAUUUAUAUAUAUAUAUAUAUAUA